UAUUCGAACAGUUUUCUCUCUCUUGUUUGUAUUGAAUUAUAAGAGAUGAAAAUAGUAUUAUUGCUGCAUAAAUUGCAACCGGUGCGAGAGUAGAAAACUACGGCUAGUGCAUUGUUACGUGGUUGAAUGCAGUCUUAUUUAUUUUUAUUUAUGUUUUGAUUUGAGAAUGUCCAGGGAACAUAGCUUGGUUGGUUGAUUGUUGCCAAGAUCAAUUAGCAGACAAAUCAGAGAAUUCCAUUGGCAUUAUAUAUUAUCUUCAAGAGAUAUGACAUGCAAAAGCUGGGUCAAUUCCUUCCGUUAAAGACGUGCAACGUCCCGUAUUCGCCGACAUGACUUCAAGACAGCAAAAUUCAUCCCAACCUAAUAGAAUUGGGGCAUCCCAAAAUUUCCAGAAAAGUUACACAUCUUCAACGCAUCAAGGUCCUCCUCCCCCAUAUUUAUCUCCAAAUGAUAACCCAAGCAAACGUUUCAAGCCAGAAACUGGCCAAAAGACAACAAUGGGCCAACCAGCCUACAGUUUAUCGCCGCAACAGUUACACCUUUUGAAUAACCUCCAGCAAAAUGUGGGUACAUUGAAUUCAACACAACUGAAUAUCAUGCAUCAUCUCCAACAACAGUACAGAUUAACGCAGCAGACUCAAGAACAACAAAUUGCCCAAAGACACCCAGCACCAAGACCAGCAGGCACAACUCCAGCUUAUAGUAAUGUUCAGUCAUUUGGACAAAUCAUUUCCUCAACGAACACUGCCAAAAGUGAUAAAUUGGUUCAAUCUAGUCCUGUUGUUGAACCUAGAGAGUUUAUGGUACAUUCUGGACCUCAUACAGCUGAUCUUGAUGAGGAUUUAGAGGAGGAUCUCAAAGACAUAUUUGCACAAAAAGAUCUUGCUACAACUCUAGCUGAAAAUUUAUUGAAACACUUCGGUUCAGAUGAUAUGGACGUGAAAGAGCCUAUAUCUGUACCAAAUUCUCAUGGAAAUAAUAAUAGUCCAAACAUGUUGCCUUCACAACGUUUUUCGCCUUCAAACAUUGAUUCUAGAUCAGAAAUUGUAGCUGAUGUUAAGGGAAAAGUCAAAUCACCCAUACAUGAGAGCGUAUUGACAGUUAAAGCAGAGCCACCUUGGGAUUUUGACAAAAUCAAUUCAGGAGAGAAAAAGUCUAAAAUCGAAUACAAUAUUGAAAUGGAUGCGCAGACAAUAAUAAAAUUGUGCAAAAGUGAAGUUGUAAAUGGUAAUAUCAAUAGCUCAAUAAUAUCGGACUCGGCUCCACCACCAAUACCUCCUGACCCUCCUUCGGUAGUACUCAGCCAUAAACAACUUUUACCUCCCACCCCCUCAGUCUUCUUGGAAAACAAAAAACAUGCAUUCAGCCCUCAAUUACAAGAAUUUUGCCUGAAACAUCCCAUAGCGGUGGUUAGAGGAUUAGCGUCUGCAUUAAAACUUGAUUUGGGUUUAUUUUCAACAAAAACAUUGGUUGAGGCUAAUCCAGAUCACAGUGUGGAGGUGAGGACGCAAAUACAACAACCAUCAGAUGAAAACUGGGAUCCACAAACAGGCAGAAAAGUUUGGGCUUGCAUUUCACAUAGAUCUCACACUACCAUUGCUAGAUACGCCCAGUAUCAAGCGUGGAGUUUCAAGGAAAGUUUGCGAGAAGAGCGAGAAAAGACUAAUGCCUUAUCAGAUUCAGACUCAAAGGACUCUUCCCAGUGUGGUGCAAAAAGGAGAAAAAUCAAUAUUAGCAUCACACCAUCGAUCAUAAAAAAUUGUAAAGAACAAAAAACCUUAAAGUUUGGUACUAAUGUUGAUUUAUCUGAUGAACGUAAGUGGAGACCGCAGCUUCAAGAACUGAUGAAAUUACCUGCAUUUGCACGAAUAGUGUCUGCGGCAAAUAUGCUCUCUCACGUUGGACAUGUCAUUCUUGGUAUGAACACGGUCCAACUUUAUAUGAAGGUUCCUGGGAGUCGAACGCCAGGACACCAAGAGAACAAUAAUUUUUGUUCGAUUAAUAUCAAUAUAGGUCCGGGUGAUUGUGAAUGGUUUGGGGUUCCUGAUGCCUAUUGGGGUUCUGUUUAUGCUUUGUGUGAGAAAAACCAAAUAAAUUAUCUCCAUGGCUCUUGGUGGCCAGUUCUAGAAGAUCUCUAUCAUGCCAAUAUUCCGGUGUAUCGCUUUUUGCAGAGGCCUGGAGACUUGGUGUGGGUCAAUGCUGGGUGUGUACAUUGGGUUCAAGCUGUUGGGUGGUGCAAUAACAUUGCAUGGAACGUUGGACCAUUAACGGCAAGACAGUACCAGCUUGCAAUUGAAAGAUACGAGUGGAAUAAGUUGCAGAGUUUCAAAUCGAUUGUACCCAUGCUCCAUUUGUCUUGGAAUUUGGCAAGAAAUAUAAAAGUAUCCGAUAGAAGACUGUUUGAGAUGAUAAAGAAUUGUCUGUUGAGAACUUUAACAAAAUGCUCUCGAAUACUGGAGUAUGUCAAGAAUAGAGGUGUUGAGGUUAAGUUUCAUGGCAGGGGAAAGAACGAAUCUUCGCACUACUGCGGGCAUUGUGAAGUUGAAGUAUUCAACAUUCUUUUCAUCAAAGAGCAAGAGAAAAGGCAUGUGGUGCAUUGCAUGGACUGUGCCCGCAAGCAAUCCCCAAAUUUGGAAGGUUUCGUUUGUCUAGAAGAAUAUAAACUCCAAGAACUUUGUGAAGUUUAUAAUAAUUUUAAAUUAUAUUCGGAUAUAAAUUCUGCUCAGGAUCAGUAUCGACUUGUAUAGUUAAUUCAUUAGGUGACCACUAAAGUCAGCUAUCACUGCCACUUGUAACUGAUGUACAACUUUAAUAUUUAUAAUUGCUUUAAUAGGUAUUGUAUUGUCAAAUAAACAUAUUGUGGUA